UAUUUUUCUAACGGAAUUAAUUUCAGAAAUUGUAUGAGUUAUAAAACAAAAGUGAAAAUUAUAAAAUCAAAGAACAGUUGUUUUUCAAGUUAAACUCCUCUUCAAUAUGAGGAACAAAAUGUGGAUCCUAUUCAUUAGUGUUUGCCUUCUCUCCCAAUGCAGAGGUCAAGGACUAAACCAGGGAACAGGAUCUAACUAUGACCCCUGGCAGUCACGUGCUGCUCCUAGCGGAUUUUCUGAGAAGUAUACAGGAGACGGAUACCAGGGAUAUGUCAUCACAGCUGAUCGACUUAAAGAUAUCAGAGCGCAAAAAAUGUACCCGUUCUUUGACCAAGGAGGCAAUGAUGGUAAUGGAGAUUAUCAAAAAGAUAUUCGUGACACUUCGCCGCAGAUCAACAAGCAAGUUAAUUUCCUUCUGCCGUUUAUGGGAUUUGGAUUCAACUACACGUGGCUAAGUUUGCACGGUCAUCUUUCUUUCUCCAACACUCCAAUUCAGUUCCCAGAAUAUCCUUUGAAGUUCCCAAUUCAGGAUUGGCCCAGAGUUGAGGAUCCAUCAUUUAUUGGACCUUUUUACUCCAGGUGUAAAAUCGGUGAAUUGAAUGGAAAUGAAGUUGAUGAAUAUGCAAAAAAGAAACCCGGAGUCUACUUCAGGCUUGAAAGAGACCUGUACGCCCGGACAGAUCAGUUCGGUGUGGAGAUUAGAGAGAGGCUCAAGUGGGAUAUCAGAGAAGGAAUGGUUGGUACUGACACUUUUGAGCCGAAACAUGCUAUAAUUGCAACAUGGAAAAACGUCUCGUUUGCAGGCGGUAUAGCUAGUGCUAGGAGAACGACAAAUACGUUCCAAGCUGUGAUAGUUACUGACGAGGUUCGAACCUAUGCAAUAUUUAUGUAUGAAUGGAUGGGCUGGACCACACAUACAGAGGCAGGAGGGGACACAACAGAAGGACAAGGAGGUGUUCCCGCAUUUGUUGGAUUCAACGCAGGGAACGGAACUAAAGCUUAUGAAUAUCUUCCUUAUUCUCAGACAACAUACGUCAGAAACAUUAGGAUGAAAAAAGGGGUUGGAACAAAUCUGCCUCUUGUGUUUGCUCCUGAGAAUGGAAAUAUGUUGGGAGGGACGCAGGUCAAUUUUACAGGACCUUGCUUCAAACCUGGGAUGCGGGUCACAUGCAGAUUUAACACGAAGGAUUCUGAAGGUGUAGUUUUGAAUGAGAAUAUAGCAACCUGUAUAAUGCCCUGGGUUGAGGCCGAAGGCUGGGUAGAUUUCGAGGUCUCCUUAAACGGAGGACCUUUUCUUUGGAAGGGACAAUUUUUUGUAGAGACCCCAGCUGUGAGCCCUACCAUGGUUUGGUUUAAAGAUGAAUCUUACCACCAGCUUGCCCCCGCCAGCCUGGAGGUCAACUGGGAUCCAUUCAAUCUUACUAUGAGAGCAGAUGCAAAGGUUCAAAUAUCUUUAUGGGGAUAUAAGGAGGACUCUAUAGAUCCUCAGCUCAUCUAUAUUGAUACUUUAGAGCCUAGUGUUGCAAACAGUGGAAAGGCCACCUUGACACCGAAGACGUAUGCCACCAAGGACAAUGGUCCCCUAGCUCGAUCCUGUCAAGUUGGUUUACUCAUGAUUAACUUAACCCAACCACUCUCUGUUGUUGGGAUGUCAAAUUCACCUAUGAUCUGGUCCCGCCCUAUACCUCUGGGUUGGUAUUUUAACGAGCAGUGGAGGCGUUUCUUAGGCAAUAACUGGGUGGAGCAGCAAUGUGAUAAUUUUAUCAAGGAGGAUCGAUGGCUCAAGAACUUUGCAGCAGAACUGCCAGUGUGUCCUUGUCUUCUUCGUCAAGCAACAGUUGACAGAGGAAGGUUUGCUCCAGACUUUGAAUGUGACCAAGAUGGAAAUACACAGAUGCAUAUAAUUUCUUCAGAUAAUCUUCAUGAUGGAGCUGGUCAGCAGUGUUGUUAUGAUCUGGCAGGAAUACUCAUGAUGACAUCAGAUAAUAAAUGGGGAGGAAACCCUAUGAGGUAUCAUGAUUUGGGUGUUCUACCGUGGAACGAAGCAAGUAAAAUUCCAACAUUAUCUCAUUUCCUACAGGUUGGUUAUAUCAUAUUAUGUAAUUAUAAAGGUAAAAUUUACAACAAAUUAAUAAUAAUUAUUUUUAGAUUUGAAAGGCGAGCAUCCCAGGACUGUGUAGGGUAUCAGCCGCCAGGAGGAGCAACUGUAUUUGGUGACCCCCAUGUUUAUACAUUUGACCACAUGGACUACACCUUCAACGGGUUGGGGGAGUACGUGUUGGUCAGAGCAGAUUCUCCUAGAGUUAAGAUUGAUGUUCAGGGAAGGUUUGAACAAGUAAAUGAUAGUCCCUAUGGAACUGUGCUCGCUAGUAUGUUAACUGCUGUGGCUGCUAAGGAUAACUUCUCGGCCACUGUCGAAGUUCGAAUGAGACCUGCAUAUGCACAAUGGAGAUACAAGCUUGAUGUUCUUGUAGAUGGAAGAUAUAUUUAUUUUGACAGGCAUCCUCAGAAAAUUCAACAUUUCCCCGGGGUCACUGUGUACACACCUAGUAAUAUACUCAACCAGAGUCACGUGGUCAUGAUGUUUCAGUCCGGAGCAGGAGUAGAGGUUAUAGAGAACAAACAUUAUAUGGCAACAAGGGUUUAUCUUCCUUGGCAGUUUAUUAAUCAAACAAGAGGGUUGAUGGGGAACUGGACGUUUGAUAAACUGGACGAUUUUACACUGCCAAAUGGUGACGAGAGAAGUUUUGGAACGGAUAAUACACAGCUUAGUCGGAUUCAUAACGAAUUCGCAGAACAAUGGGUGGUUCGUGAUAAAGAAGUGACAAAUGUUGGAAGAUCCCUGUUUUUCCAUGAAAACGGGCGUUCCUCUAAUUUCUUCUACAGGAGUAACUGGAUACCAGAGUUCGAUAUUCUUCCAGAAAUACCAGAAAAUGUGACCUGGGUCAACAGUAAACUGGUUGAAGAUAUUUGUGGAGAUAGUUACCAGUGUAAAUAUGAUUACUCAACAACGCUUAGUAAGGAGUUUGCAAUAUUCACCAAAUAUUACCAGGACCAGUUUAUCAAUAUAUACGAAGGAGUGCUCAAACCAGGAGCAAGGGUUAUAUCCUGCGGUCAAUUGGUGACACCGUCUAAUGGAAGAAAAUCUACCUUUGCUUUCACCCCUGGCACUAUGGUCAAAUUUGACUGUGAUCCUGGGUAUGUACUGGUUGGAGAGAGAAGGCGAUGGUGUUAUGAUUCUGGAGAUUGGAAUUGGCCGGAGCUGGGAGAUGCCAGCUGUAUACCUCAAGAUCAGUAUAACUCCAUGCAAGCUGGAAUCACCAGCGGCAUUGUGCUCGCUGUUCUUGUGCCAAUCAGCUGUUUUAUUUUCUGCUUUAUCCAGCACAUGCGCAAUAGAGGAGAUGAGGAGGAUUAUCCAGGAGGAAAUCAAGGUGUUCCAAUGGAUGAUAUGAGAGGGAACAAAAAUAUUUAUGAAGACGACAUUAUCAGACGAGAAUCCAGAGAUAAUUACAAACCAAGAUAGAAAAUGGAAAAUGUUAAAAGAACUUUAAGAAAUGAUAAAUUAUACAAGAAACCAUUUAAAGAAGUGAAUUAAUAAUGUUAUAACAUUUAUUUUUUAAGACAAUAAAGUAUUUUUUACAGUUA